UAAUAUUGGCGUACUGUUCCUUCACAUGGCAGUUUUUGUUCUCCCUUUCAAAAUGUCCUCUAAAGAAAUUAAGUAAUCGAGUAAGCGUGAAGUAGUGCUAGCUAGAUAGCAACCUUGUUAUUAUAUAAAUAUGACAUCGAGGGGUACACCAAGUCGCUUUCUGCAGAGUGUCCUUCAAAAUGGCUUGGGGCGAUACGUUUGUCAGCUGAAGCGCAUCUCUCUUAUAUUCUCAAAGAAGUCACCGAGCUCGCGGGGAGUCAGGGAAUUCAUAGAAGAAGGUGUAGUGGAUUUCGCUAAAAAGAACCCGGGGACCGUGGUCUACGUCUCGCCCCAAUCCUGCACGACUCCAAAAAUAGUCGCAGAAUACUUGAACGGAAACGUGCAGGAGGAGGCCGUCCACUCAAAGGCGGCGCAGGAGGUGGCCGCGCUGGUGCAGAAGCUGUCGGAGCAGUCGGGCCUGGACGUCAUCCGCAUCCGCAAGCCCUUCCACACCAACAGCCCCAGCAUUCAGGGCCAGUGGCACCCCUUCACCAACCGGCCCCCCUCCAUCGGCCCAGUCCAGCCCCGCAAGACCCCCCAGUGACCUCGGCCACCGAUGCAAUACCAUCUCCCUACAGCAGAGGGCGUUGUAGGGCCAUAACCCCAAUUCAACGAGUGCAGCAGUACCACCACAGAACCAGAGGAAAGAGUUUAACUCUGACAAAGUGGGGAUGAGGAAGUUCGCCCUAUACUGUUCUCUCUCAUCAUGGACUGAACAGACACAUUGUCUGUAUGAUAUGGUGGUUUGAGAUUUGAUUCACCAUUGUUUUAUGUGUUUUUACAGCACAGUCAUCUCACCUUUUCAUAUUUCAUGCAGAUGAAAUGAUUUCAUACUGGGAUGGGGGAGGCAGACUGUUUCACUACAGCCUCUGUUUUGGGACCUUUACCUGUAUAUGUUCUGUGAAAUAAAGUGACUGCUGUUGACAAA